AUGGACAUAAAAGGAAUUCCUCUUACAACAUUCGCGACUACGUUCGAUAGUCCGAAAGAGGACCUCGAUCCGUUGAGUGCUUACCCAUCUUCAAACAAGAAGCUGAAAGACGAACGAUUGGGCUUAAAUGAGGUGCCUAUUGAGGCUACUGACUCGAACAUGGAUGUCUCCUCAGGCGGAAACAAUCCGGUGGAUGAAGUUACAGCUGAAGGUUUCCAUGAAGAGAAGAUUAGCAGUUGGAUUUGGAUACUUUCAACAGUUGCUGGUAUUUCGGGUAUAUUAUUUGGAUAUGACACUGGUGUAAUUUCAGGUGCUUUGGCAGUUAUAGGUUCGGAUUUGGGAAAGGAACUGAGCUCUAAACAACGAGAACUUAUUACGUCCGCAACUCCAUUCGCAGCUUUGUUAUCUGGCAUCACAUCUGGUUGGCUUGCAGAUUUGUUGGGUAGAAAGCGCUUGCUUAUGUAUGCCGAUGGUAUAUUUGUUUUAGGGUCUAUUAUAAUGGCAGUAUCAAAGAACAUAGCUACUUUGGUAGCUGGUCGUUUUAUCGUUGGAUGGGGCAUUGGAUUGGCGUCCUUAAUUGUUCCUAUGUAUAUCACAGAAUUGGCACCAGCUCACAUGCGUGGACGACUUGUUAUUAUUUACGUUGUUUUUAUCACGGGAGGGCAAUUGGUCGCUUAUGCGUUGAACGCUGCUUUUGAAAAUGUAAAUCAGGGUUGGCGUAUCAUGAUGGGAUUAGGUGCUAUACCAGCUCUAUGUCAACUCGUUCCACUCUUCUGGACACCAGAGUCUCCCCGGUACCUGUUAAAGCAAAAUCAUGUCGAAAAGGUAUACAAGAUUAUGUCGCGAAUCCAUCCAGGUGCCAAGCCAGGUGAGAUUGCUUACAAGGUCACUUUAAUUCAGGAAGGCAUGAAUUUUGGUACUUUGGAAGGAAACCAAUUUCAGAGAUUAAAGUACUCAUUUAAACGUCUUUUUUCAGUGCCUUCCAAUCGACGAUCAUUGUUUAUUGCAUGUUUCCUUCAAGCCUUUCAGCAGUUUUCUGGUACAAACGCCAUACAAUAUUUUUCGGCAAUAAUUUUUAAAAGCGUCGGCUUCAAAAAUUCCAUCCAAAUCAGUGUUGUCGUUGGUGCAACCAACUUUUUAUUUACGAUCCUUGCAUUCAUGUUAAUUGAUCGAAUUGGUAGAAGACGGAUAUUAUUGUGCAGUGCUACUACGAUGAUAAUUUCUCUUUCAGUUUGUGCGAUUUCAUAUCAUUUUCUGGAGCUUAAAAAGACUGCAUGGAAAUACGUUAUAUUAGGUUCCAUUAUUAGCUUUUUGGCUAGUUAUGCUUUUGGCAUUGGUAACAUACCUUGGCAGCAAGCAGAAUUGUUUCCGAUGGAAGUUCGUGCUUUGGGGACUGGUUUCUCUACGGCUGUAAAUUGGUCUGGAAAUUUAAUUGUCAGUGCAACGUUUUUGACGAUGAUGGAGUCUAUCACAUCAGUUGGUACUUUUGGUUUGUUUGCUGGAUUUUGCUUCGCUGGUUUAGUCGUUUGUUUUUUCACAUAUCCGGAGUUAGCAGGUAUGUCUAUUGAGCAUAUUUCCAUACUAUUGGAGAAAGGAUUCUGGAACGCCGUCAAAGAGCGAAACAGCAAAAGGAAGAGUAACAUUAAAGAUACUUACUAA